AUGUCCACUGCUGACAAAUCGAAGUCUACGAAGAUAUUGUCUUCAAUUCCUGCUUUACAUGCAUUUGAUCCUGAAACUACUACGUGGUCUUCAUACCGUGAUCGAAUGACAUUCUAUUUCCAAGCUAACAAUGUUACUCUUGAUCCUGAUCGUAAACCGUUGUUCUUAUGGUCCAUUGGGAAUCAUGUUUACACCUUGUUAGAAUCUCUUGUUGCUCCUCGGCUUCUCACCGAACCUGACCUUACAUAUACAUAUUUAAUCGAAAUUUUAAAUAAACAUUAUGAUGAUACAAAAAACAUCAUGACUUCUACAUACAACUUCUUUAGUUGCUAUCAGAAAAGUGGUCAAAGUUUCACGGAAUGGAAAGCCGAACUUUAUGAGAAGGCUCGACGUUGUGGAUUCACCACAUCUUGCUUAGCUACUAAACCAAUCGAUCGUGCCGUUCGAGAUAUGUACGUCAUUGGAAUCAAAAGUCAGAAAGUUCGUCAAGCGUUGUUAAAAGAAGAAGAUCCGACGUUAGAAACAGCUGAAAAGCUUAUUUUAGCAGCUGAGCGUUUGGAACAAGAUGUUCGUCAUUUUAGCCAUCCAUCAAAAGCCAACGAUUGUUCUGUUGAUAGAAUUCAGAAUCAGCCGUCCGAUCGCACUCAUCGCAUACACCAUUCCUUCCGUAAAUCUCAUGGUUCGAAACAAUACAAUCACCAAGGUCAACAUGCUCGAUCGAAAUCACUUUCUACGGAUACAGAUCGUACGUUCAACCCAUGUGAAACAUGUGGUUCAAAUAAACAUAUGCGUUCGUCCUGUAAAUUCCGCGACUACAUUUGCAACUAUUGCACAAAAAAGGGACACCUAGAAAAAGUUUGCCGACGAAAACAAACUGAACAAUUGUCGACCAAACAUAUUACGUCUGUUGCCAAACUGAACACAUCCAAUUCGAACACUUCUACAAGUCGAUCGUUCGAUUCUUCAUCCAUGCUUGGAUUAGACGUUAAUGGCAGUUUCAUUACAUUUGAGAUCGAUACAGGAUCAUCUCAUACACUUAUUAGUAAGUCCGAUUGGCUUCGUAUUCAUUCACCUGCUCUUUCUUCUUCAACGCUACGCUUGAAAUGCUACAGCGAUACGUAUCUUACGAUUACAGGCGAAUGUUCUGUCUCCGUUACAUAUGAAAAUCAGGUUUAUCGUCUGAAUUUAAUCGUUGUGCAAGACGCACAUCCACCUCUUCUUGGCUUACAGUGGAUUCGAUCGUUACAGCUCGAUUUAAAUCGGCUUAUUCAUCAGACUGUACCGGACACACACACUCAUAUGGUUCAUUCACCUGAACUCGAUAAUAUUCUUCAGAAAUAUCGUCACGUGUUAAACCAUAAAUUAGGUCAUUGUACGAAGAUGAAGGCUCAUAUCGAAUUGAGACCCAAUGUUAGUCCCAAAUUUUACAAACCACGGCCUCUUCCGUUCGCUUACCUCGAUCGUAUCAAAGAGGAAAUUACACGGAAAGUUACCGCAGGUAUCCUGGAACGUGUUGAUAGUUCAUUGUGGGCCGCACCAAUCGUUCCUGUACAAAAACCUAAUGGAGCCAUUCGUAUCUGUGGUGAUUUUAAGGUUACUAUCAAUCCUCAUACCAUCGUUGAUCAGCAUCCCAUUCCGUCGAUUGAUGAACUUCUUUCUCGAUUACGACAUGGUCAACACUUUACAAAAUUGGAUCUCUCUGACGCAUACCUACAAGUAGAACUUGAUGAUUCCAGCAAAGACUUGGUUGUUAUUAAUACACCACUUGGUCUUUAUAAGUACAAUCGUAUGCCCUUCGGUAUCUCUGGAGCACCAGCUAUCUUCCAACGAUUGAUCGACCAAAUUAUUCUGGAUAUUCCGCAUUGUAUUGCGUAUCUCGACGAUUUGUUAAUUACCGGUCCUACCGAAGCUGCACAUCUUCAUACAUUGGAUCAAGUUUUAAAAAAACUUGCCGAUUACGGGUUCACCUGCAAUCCUGCUAAAUGUGUCUUCUUUCAAGAUUCGGUGUCAUAUUUAGGUUUCCGUAUCGACAAACAUGGCAAAACCCCUGAUCCAACUCGCGUUGAUGCCAUUACACGUAUGCCUCCACCGAAAAAUGUGAAAGAAUUGGAAGCAUUUGUUGGUAAAAUAAAUUAUUAUCGACAAUUCAUCUCGAAUUUCUCUGCAAAAUGCAAAGUUUUCAAUUUACUUCGAAAGAAAAAUGCUCGUUGGAAUUGGACCAUGGAAUGCCAAACCGCAUUUACCAAUCUAUUAGAUGAAAUUUCUACAGCCACGACCUUAGUUCAUUUCGAUGAUCAGUUACCGAUUAUUCUCGCCACUGAUGCCUCGGAUUACGGUAUUGGCGCUGUUAUUAUGCAUCGAUAUCCAAAUGGUUUAGAAAAGCCGAUCGCUUUUGCUUCGAAAACCCUCACCGAUGUGGAAACGAAAUAUAGUCAAAUUGAAAAAGAAGGGUUAUCAAUUAUAUUUGGUGUUAAGAAAUUUCAUCAGUAUCUCGCAGGUCGUUCAUUCGAAUUAGUCACCGACCAUCGACCUCUCUUAUCGAUUUUCAAUCCUGCUAAAGGUAUUCCAACUACUACGGCCAAUCGCUUACAGCGUUGGGCGCUAUUCUUGAUGGGUUACACUUACGUUAUUCAUUUCAAACCAACUGCACACCAUGCAAAUGCAGAUGCACUUUCCCGUUUACCACUUCAAGAUGAUCAUUCAUUCGUUGACACUGAUUCUUUACAUGUUAAUUUUCUUCACCAUGAACAUAGUGAAGCCUGGCUUCUGACACCUUCAAUCAUAGCCAAUGCUACUUCUAAUGAUCCCAUUCUCAAACGUGUCAAACAAUUCAUACAAUCAUCCUGGCCUUCUUCCUUCUCCAAAAAACGAAAUCCUGAACUAGUGCCGUAUUUUACAAAUCGUUUUUCGCUCUCGAUGAUGAAUGAUUGUAUUAUGAAACAGAAUCAAGUUGUGAUUCCGUCUCAAUUACAGCAACAAGUUCUUCGUUUAAUGCAUAAAGAUCAUUUGGGUAUUAUUAAAAUGAAACAAGUAGCUCGUGAAUACUGCUGGUGGCCAUCGAUUAACCUCGAUCUUAAACGACUUACUCAAUCAUGUGAUUUAUGUCGCAGAUUUCAAGCUCUUCCAAAACCACAAUUUCAUCCAUGGGAUGAACCUCAAGAGAAUUGGUCUCGCAUUCAUAUCGAUUUCGCUGGUCCUUUUUGGAAUUCCAAAUGGCUCAUCAUUGUCGAUGCUAAAUCCAAAUAUCCCUUUGUGAUUGACAUGCAGCAUGAUACUACCGCAAGUCACUUAAUACAAGCACUUGAACAAGUGUUCGAUUUUGUCGGCCCGCCAGCGACCUUGGUUUCUGAUAACGGUCCACCCUUUACCAGUUUUCAGAUGUCACAAUUUUAUGAAAAAUAUGGCAUUUCUCAUAUCACCACCGCUCCUUAUCAUCCCGCCAGCAACGGUCUAGCCGAACGUUUUGUUCGAAGUUUCAAGGACGGUAUGUCAAAACAACAACAUUCGGGUUGUUCGAACAAAUCUCUUGCUUUACGAAAUGUCUUACGUUCUUAUCGUUGGUCCCCACACACUUCCACCAAUUCAUCUCCAGCAAAUUUAUUCUUUCAACAUUCGAUUCGUACGGCCUUUGACGUGAUGAAACCAGUUUCAUCGGACAAUUCGUCUUCGUGCGAACCAAAAUUUUCUACUGGUCAAUUGGUGUGGACAUUCACGUAUCAACACAAUCGCCGUUCACAAUGGAACACUGCAAUUGUUGUUAAACCUCUUGGCUCGAUGUUAUAUCAUGUUCGCCUAUCCAAUGGUAACAUAUGCAAACGUCAUCAGAACCAACUACGUCCAUAUUAUUCUUCUGCCAAUGUUCCUCCCACUUCUAGUUUAAUCAGUGAUUUAGCGUUGCCUGCAUCGCAGACUACGUCAUUGCCACCUGAUCGUUCACCAUCUUCUACAUCACAUUAUCCCCAACGCAUCCGGCAUCCGCCUGAUCGCUAUUCACCCUCAUAG